CAACUACAUACCAAGCAUCACUCCAACAUACCAAUCACCAAUCCAAUAUACCAAUUGCCUCUUCACCAUCCGGCACCUCUCCAACAUACCUAUCACCUCACCAACAUACCAAUCAACUCUUCAACAAUGUUCGCCACAAAACUCAACGUCUUGCUUCUUGCAGGCCUCGCCAUGGCAGCUCCAGCCAGCAGAGCAGCACCAACCAACAUGUGCACAAAUCAAGAAGGCUACUCCAACAGCGGAUACCGCGUACAAAACAACCUCUGGGGCAAGGACGCCGCAACCAGCGGAUCGCAAUGCAGCGCCGUCAACAGCAUCUCCUCAGGCGGCGUCGUAUGGUCCACAACCUGGGAAUGGUACGGCGGCCAAAACAACGUCAAGAGCUACGCCUUCUCCGCCCUCGAAGGCUUCACCAAGAAACCCGUCUCGCAAAUCAACUCCAUGCCCUCCACGGCAGCCUGGUCCAUGAACAACCCCGCCGCCCGCUGCAAUGUGGCGUACGAUCUCUUCACGGCGGCGGAUCCCAACCAUGCGACCUAUACCGGGGACUACGAGCUCAUGGUCUGGCUCGCUCGGUACAAUGGUGUCGGUCCCAUCGGAAGCAAGAAGUACUCGGUCAACAUUGGCGGCAUCAACUGGGACCUGUACUACGGCCUCAACGGCCCGAUGAAGGUGUACAGCUAUGUUGCGCAGAGCACGCAGGCCAACUUCAAUGGAGACAUCAAGUCGUUCUUCAACCAUAUGACUUCUGCGGAGGGUUUCCCGGCUUCGAGCCAGAAUCUCAUCACUUUCCAAUUCGGCACUGAGCCUUUCACUGGUUCCAAGACGACCUUUGAUGUUUCCAAAUGGACCGCAAAGGUCAACUGAGUGGAGUCGACGGCAUGGCCAUCGCUGCGGGCAGGGUCGGUCAUCGGGUAAAGUGCUGGUCGAGCGGACGUGAACGGUCGGAUUUGGUGGACCAGAUUGCAGAUUAGCAUAGCGAGUAACGAAUAACGAACUUCUCUUGUCAUUGUCGUCUUUCCGUUGUGU